AUGGAUAGUGGUACAGAUUGUAGUAUUGUCAGUCUGAUUGUCUGUUUGAUUGUGACCAGGAUGCUGGCUACAGUGGGAGCAGACUUUGACUUGAGAACUCUGAGGGCAGUACGGGUCCUGAGGCCACUGAAACUGGUGUCUGGAAUCCCUAGUCUUCAGGUAGUUCUAAAGUCCAUCAUGAAAGCCAUGGUGCCUCUGCUGCAGAUUGGCAUGCUGCUCUUCUUCGCUAUACUCAUGUUUGCCAUCAUCGGCCUGGACUUUUACAUGGGCAAGUUCCACCGGACCUGCUUCAGGACUGAUACAGGUGAGCAGGCAGCAGAGUUCCCCUGUGGUUUGGAGGCUCCAGCGAGGACCUGUGAAAAUGGAACUGUGUGUCAGGAAUACUGGAUCGGCCCCAACUACGGCAUCACCAACUUUGACAACAUCCUCUUUGCUAUUCUGACCGUCUUCCAGUGCAUCACCAUGGAGGGAUGGGUGGACAUCCUCUAUAACGCCAACGAUGCCUCAGGGAACACCUGGAACUGGAUCUACUUCAUCCCCCUCAUCAUCAUCGGAUCCUUCUUCAUGCUCAACCUGGUCCUGGGAGUCCUGUCUGGGGAGUUUGCCAAGGAGCGUGAGCGUGUGGAGAAGAGGCAGGAGUUUCUGAAGCUUCGCAGGCAGCAGCAGAUCGAGAGGGAGCUGACUGGAUACCUGGAAUGGAUAUGCAAGGCAGAGGAGGUGAUGCUGGCAGAGGAGGACAAGCAUGCUGAAGAGAUGUCUCCUCUGGAUGGAGCGUGGUACAAGAGGAAACACAACAACCCAGUGUUAAAAAGAGCCAAGAAGAGCAAGAAUGACCUGAUCAACGCUGAGGAGGGCGAAGACCACUUCACUGACAUCUCAUCUGUUGCUCCCCCAGGUUCUCCAUUCACCCGGGCCAGCCUGAAGAGCAGCAAGAACGACAGUGCUUCCUACUUCCGGAGGAAAGAGAAGCGGCUCCGCUUCACCAUCAGACGCCUGGUCAAGGCCCAGAGCUUCUACUGGACAGUCCUGUGUCUGGUGGGCCUCAACACACUGUGUGUGGCCAUUGUUCAUUAUGACCAGCCUGAGUGGCUCACCUAUGCGCUGUAUUUGGCAGAGUUUGUAUUCCUGGGCUUGUUUCUGACUGAGAUGUCCAUGAAAAUGUAUGGACUAGGACCUAGGAACUACUUCCAUUCCUCUUUCAAUUGUUUUGAUUUUGGAGUGAUUAUAGGCAGUAUUUUUGAGGUGAUCUGGGCAGUUGUGAAACCUGGGGCUUCAUACGGCAUCAGCGUCCUGCGAGCUCUCCGUCUGCUCAGGAUUUUCAAAGUCACUAAGUACUGGAACUCUCUGAGGAACCUGGUGGUCUCUUUACUCAACUCCAUGAAGUCCAUUAUCAGCCUGCUCUUCCUCCUCUUCCUCUUCAUCGUGGUGUUCGCCCUACUAGGCAUGCAGCUCUUUGGGGGAAUGUUUAAUUUUGAAGAGGAGACACCAACAACAAACUUCGACACCUUUCCAGCAGCCAUUCUCACAGUUUUCCAGAUUCUGACAGGAGAGGACUGGAAUGCGGUGAUGUAUCAUGGGAUAGAGUCCCAGGGGGGCGUUCGGUGGGGAAUGUUCUCCUCUAUCUACUUCAUCGUUCUCACCCUGUUUGGAAACUACACUCUGCUCAAUGUAUUCUUGGCCAUCGCUGUUGACAACCUUGCAAACGCACAGGAGCUCACUAAGGACGAGGAGGAGCAGGAGGUGGCCAUCACUAAGAAGAUGGCCCUCCAGAAGGUCAAGGAGGUGAAGGAGGUCAGCCCCAUUUCGGCAGCUAACAUCUCCAUCACAGCUAUGGAGCAGCAGAAGUCUCUGAAGAUGAUGUCAGUGUGGGAGCAGCGCACCACUCAGCUGAGGAGACACAACCUGCGGGCCAGCAGUGAGGCCCUGUACAGCGAGCUGGACCCUGAGGAGAGGCUACGCAUGUCCUCGGCCCUGCACAUCCGCCCUGACAUGAAGACCCACCUGGACCGGCCCCUGGUCGUGGAGCCCCACGAUGGCCCCGGCCCCAUGGGCUACCUCAAGCCCUGGACCCCUGAGGAGACAGAUAACCCUGGGGACCCAGCCGGCCCCCAGCCACGUAGGCGCCACCGGGACAGGGAGAGACCCAUCGACAAGGCCAAUGAGAUUGGAGAUUCAGGCAAAGAGGGUAGGCACCAUGUCCAUCACAGUCGCAGCAAGGACCCCAACGGGACUCGGUGCAAGGAGGGGAAGAGUGAGCGGUUGCACAGCCGAGAGGGUGGCAGGAGGCACCACCACCAGACCUCAGUGGAUGAGGGAGGUGGAGGGGGAACUGGGACGGGAGAGAGAGAGCACCGCCACCACCACUCCCACAGACAGGCCAGAGAGGGUAAUGGCACUGUCAACAGCGGACGCAAGGAUGAGCGCAGGUCACGCCACAAAGAUGGCCGCUCGGGAGAGAUAUGCCCCAGGGGAGAGAGCGGGGCCAAUGGGGAGAGGAGGAGACAGAAGACCCACAGUUACAGGGGCAAGUCCACACUGGAGGGAGAGGAGCACAGUGAGAGGGAGAGGGGGAAGGGCCACAGAGACAGAUAUGUGGAAUCUGAGGGCGACUCCAUGGCCACUAGCACCCAGCAGGACCCUGGAGAUCAGAGGUGGGGCACAGAGAUACCUGAGGACUCAGACAACCAGAGGAAUGUCAGACGGACAGGACGGACGGCCAUCCACAUCCCCCCUGUCACCAUCACCUCCCCGCCUGGGGAGACCACCCUUAUCCCCAUGAACAGUAUAGACUGUGAGACCAUACCUAUGAACAAGGAGAAGAAGACCCUGGAGGCGUUGACUCGGACCGGACCCAGACCCAUUCUCCCCUACAGCUCCAUGUUUGUGUUUGGCCAGACCAACAUGGUGCGGCGUCUGUGUCAUUACAUUGUGAGCCUGCGGUACUUUGAGAUGUGUAUCCUGGUAGUGAUAUCUAUGAGUAGCAUUGCAUUGGCUGCUGAGGACCCUGUCCAGGCCAACGCUCCACGCAACAAUGUGCUCAAGUAUCUGGACUACGUCUUUACGGGAGUUUUCACAUUUGAGAUGGUGAUUAAGAUGGUUGACCUGGGCCUUCUUCUCCAUCCUGGUUCUUACUUCAGAGAUCUCUGGAACAUUCUGGACUUCAUUGUGGUCAGUGGAGCACUGGUGGCAUUUGCAUUUUCAGGGUCCAAAGGAAAGGACAUCAGCACCAUCAAGUCCCUCAGAGUUCUGCGAGUCUUACGGCCCCUCAAGACCAUCAAGCGCCUGCCAAAGCUGAAGGCUGUGUUUGACUGUGUGGUCAACUCCCUGAAGAACGUCUUCAACAUCCUCAUUGUCUACAUGCUCUUCAUGUUCAUCUUUGCUGUCAUCGCUGUGCAACUGUUCAAGGGGAAGUUCUUCUACUGCUCCGAUGAGUCCAAGGCACUGGAGAAGGACUGCAGAGGUAAUUUCCUGGACUACGAUAAGGAUGAGGUGGCCACCCAGCCUCGGGUGUGGAAGAAGUAUGAGUUCCACUAUGACAACGUGCUGUGGGCCUUCCUCACUCUCUUCACUGUGUCCACCGGAGAGGGCUGGCCCGAUGUUCUGAAGCACUCUGUGGACGCUACCUUUGAGGACCAGGGUCCCAGUCCAGGCUACCGUAUAGAGAUCUCCAUCUUCUACGUGGUCUACUUCGUGGUCUUUCCCUUCUUCUUCGUCAACAUCUUUGUGGCCUUGAUCAUCAUUACCUUCCAGGAGCAAGGGGACAAGGCCAUGUCAGAGUGCAGCCUGGAGAAAAACGAGAGGGCCUGCAUUGACUUCGCCAUCAACGCCAAGCCACUGACGCGUUACAUGCCAGAGAACGUGGAGUCCUUCCAGUACCGGAUGUGGAAGUUUGUGGUGUCACCCCCGUUUGAGUACGCCAUUAUGAUCAUGAUCGCCCUGAACACCGUGGUGCUCAUGAUGAAGUUCCAUGGAGCUCCAGACUUCUACGAGGCCAUGUUGAAGCACUUCAACAUCGUCUUCACUGCCCUCUUCUCUCUGGAGUGUAUUCUGAAGAUCAUCGCCUUCGGACCACUAAACUACCUGAAGGAUGCCUGGAAUGUGUUUGACUUUGUGACCGUGCUGGGAAGUAUAACUGACAUCGUGGUCACAGAAAUCAAUACAACGGACCGGCUUUUGAACCUGAGUUUUCUGAGGCUGUUCAGAGCAGCUCGUCUCAUCAAACUACUGAGGCAAGGCUACACCAUCCGUAUCCUGCUGUGGACCUUCGUCCAGUCCUUUAAGGCCCUGCCCUAUGUUUGCCUUCUGAUAGCAAUGCUGUUCUUCAUCUAUGCCAUCAUCGGUAUGCAGGUGUUCGGAAACAUUGAGCUCAACGAGGACACAUCCAUCACUCACCACAACAACUUCCGCACUUUUCUUCAGGCUCUCAUGCUACUGUUCAGGAGUGCCACAGGGGAGGCGUGGCAUGAGAUCAUGCUGUCGUGUUUGAGUCACAGAGCCUGUGAUGAGAGGUCAGGCAACCUGGGGAAGGAGUGUGGCAGCGACUUUGCCUACUUCUACUUUGUGUCCUUCAUCUUCCUCUGCUCUUUCCUGAUGCUUAAUCUGUUUGUGGCUGUGAUCAUGGAUAACUUUGAAUACCUGACUCGAGACUCUUCUAUACUGGGGCCUCAUCAUCUGGAUGAAUUCAUCCGUGUUUGGGCUGAGUACGACCCUGCUGCCUGUGGCCGUAUCAAGUACCUCGAUAUGUAUCAGAUACUCCUCCACAUGUCCCCACCCUUAGGUUUGGGAAAGAAAUGUCCGCCAAGAGUCGCCUACAAGCGGCUAGUCAAGAUGAACAUGCCCAUCGCUGAUGACAACACAGUCCACUUCACCUCUACACUCAUGGCCCUGAUCCGUACGGCUCUGGAGAUCAAACUGGCCUCAGGGAUGGUUGCCCAGCGUCUCUCUGAUGCUGAGCUGAAGAAAGAGCUCUCCCAGGUUUGGCCAAGCCUCUCACAGAAAACUAUGGAUCUGUUGGUGACACCACACAAACCCAAUGAGCUUACUGUUGGGAAGGUGUAUGCAGCCCUGAUGAUCUUUGACUACUACAAGCAGAACAGAGCCAAGAGGCUCAAGGAACAGCAACAGCAGCAGCAGAAUGCUACUGGCUCCCAGGGGAAGGUGGGGGCUCUGUUUAAACCAAUACUGCCCCUGACUCACAAGCAGGAGAAAGUGAAGGAGAAGGCCAUGACCAACGUGGAGCCUCCCUGUGAGCUACUGCCUCAGCCCCAGUCUCAGGCCCUACCUAGACCCAGCUCCACCCUGCUCAACAACGGAGGCACACUGCCAGGCCAUGACGGCACCAUGAAAGGAUCAUCCUCCUGGGUGUCAGAGAAGUCUAGAGAGGUCCACAGACCCAGGAAUAAUACACCUGUCCAAAGGGGCCAGUCUGAGGAUGUCCCAAACCUAACCAUCCCCCAGGAGUCAGUGGAGAUGAGGAAGAUGGACACCAGUUGCAGCACAGUGCCUGGUCCUGGGUCUGGACUGGAGAGCCAGGGAAGAGCUGUGUCCAUGCCUCGCCUCAACGCAGAGCUGCAGAGGAGCAUUUCGCGCCACUCCCCGGGGACCCUGCUGGCACCUGUUCCUGACUGCAGCCCAGUGAAACGCUCUGCGUCCACCCACGCCCCCCAGCGCCCCCAGGAGGUGAACCUGCAUGAAUACACCCUGGAGAGGCCCAGCACCCAAGAAAGGCCUCACCAUCACCACCACCGCUGCCACCACCACCGAGAGAGGGACAAGAAGCAGCGGUCACUGGACAGGACGCCAAGCACCAUUGGUGCACCAGGAGACCCGGCUGCAGAGCCCUCAUCUAGAGACAGGGUGCAGGACCGUGGCCGCUCCCAUGAGAGGAAGAACCACUCGACGGCAGGGGAGAAGCAGCGCUACUACUCUUGUGAUCGCUACAGCAGCAGGGAACACUGCCACACCACCAAGUCUGCCACCACCAGCUGUGCCACCUCCCCAAGCGAGGUGCAGGAACCCAACAUCAACAAGCAGGGUAGUGGUUCGGUUAAAGGCAGCCCAGUGAUGUUGACCUCAGGGGCUAUCACACCUCGCCGUGGACGCAGGCAACUCCCACAGACCCCCCUGACCCCCCGCCCCGGGGUGACGUUCAAGACUGCAAACUCCUCCCCUGUGCACUUUAUGUCUGCCCAGUGUGGCAGCGGCCUGCCCACCCUGAGUCCUGGCCGGCUGAGCCGUGGGCUGUCUGAGCACAAUGCCCUGCUGCAUAGUGGCACCUCUCACAUCCCCUCCCCCAUCACCCGCAUCAGCUCUGAGCCCUUCCUGGGCUAUAGUCACAGUGACCCCCAGGGCCAGGGUAGCCCCUACUGCAACCUCUGGGACGAGCUGAUGAGCCCUUAUGCUGCCAGAGCACGCUCCCCUCGGACUGCACGUCCUCAAAUGAGGCCGGGGGCCCUCCACCUGCCUCCACCACCCCAGAAGAGACGUGUGGUGCCUAACGAAUGCCACUUUACCUUUGGUGGUAAUGGCAAAGCCAGCCUGGGCUCUGACUCUGGUGCCAGGCCACACAGGUACUAUCACGAGGCAGAGGAGGAUGAAUGGUGCUAGCAUGGCUUUGAACAGAUGUUUUUAAUGCAUUUUGAGGAAUCGUGAUGAGUUUUAUCAUCUUUUUUGAAGGUUUUAGUUUACACGGUUGCUGUAUGAUAAGCUAAUUAUGGGAAAUAAAUCAUGGAGGGGUGGAAUUCAUUUGAAUGUGAACAAAACAGCAGCAUUUUUAGGACCUGGAUGAAUAUGAAAGUGGAUGUGUAUUUGGUGAAUUGUUGGUAAUUCAGUUGGAUCUGACCAACUGUAAGGUGUCUUAUGCACUGAAGACAAUGGCAUUUUUCAUUGAGGGCACUUUUGCUUUGCUUCUUUAUCAAAUGUAAUUAUUUUUCAGUCUUGAUAUUGACCCAGAUAGUGGCAUAAGAAACCCUCCUACAGGUACACAGAGUAGAGAUGGGUAAGCAGCAGCCCUCUUUGCUGUCUCUGCGAUGAGCAGAAUGAUCGGCUCAAUGGAAAGUCCCAUGACAAUACCUAGACACUGUUAAGCAAGUGUAAUACCACAUGAUUAGGAAAUACUUAUUGAAACUUCCCUAAGAAACACACUGGAAAAUAUCCUAAACAGCUAUUGCUUUGCUUUGGGACUCUUACCAUUCGAUAAUAUAAAGGGAUUUACAGUAGCCCAAUCCAUUAUAUAGUAGCCCAUUCCCUUCCUGUCAGAAGAUACAGCCUGAUAGAGCAGAGGGAUCGAUGCUGUCAUUCCAGACAAUGAUUGUUGAUUUGCUGCUGUUGAACCAUCAAACUUUACUACCACUACUAGAGAGAAAUUAGGAAUGGAAAUGAAAUGUUAUUUGUUUUAUAUAAAACUAUUGUAGAUGUUAUCUUUUCACUGUCUGCAUUUUCUGUAUGAUGUAAAAAAAAAAACACUUAGCUUAUGUAAAUUGCUUACAGUUUGUCAUAAUUUCAGGUCUAAUGUUUCUUACAUACUCUCUGCUUCCAAUGUUUAAUACAAAGUGCCUAUCCUUUUUAGAUAUACUGUAGUAAAGAUGCAAAGUCAACCGUUUUUGGAAAGCAUCAACACUUAAGCAGUUUGUUCAAUUGGCUAGUUCUGCAGGAGAACAAGAUGUACAGCCAGCCUUAUCUGAGAAACGCUGACUUUUAUUUGAGAAAAAUGAAAUUACUAAUUACCUUAUGAUUGCUGAUAUUUUUCUUGUUUAAUUGUCUUUUUGGUAAAUAUAUUUAAUCAAUGUGAGGGGUACAAUGAAAGCUAGUGCAAAAGCAUAUAUCAUGAACACGUAACAAACAUGCAUUAAUUGCAUUAGUAGCAUAUCAGUCCAGUUAGGAAGACAUUAUCAGAGUAACACAACUGCAUGUUUAAAUCAUAAACCUGGUUGACCACAGUUAUGAAGAGGUAGUAGUGUAUAUUUAUUUUCCUUGUGAGGAUACUCAACUGCGAUAGCAUUGCAACCUCUGUAUUGCCUUCUGUUUCAAUGUUAGAACUGCAGACUCAGUAAAGAACAUAAGGAAUCUGAUGAUAAACAAACAGUGUGCACUUUUUGGAUGGAUGUUCUUGAGAAGCAACGAUGAAUACAGAUCCCUGAUGAGAGAGUGUGCUGAGUUGGGGCCCUAGCACCCUCUGUGUCUCUCAAUUGGCUCAGACCCCUUUGUGGUAAGGUUUAAGUCUCCCCAUUGGCUCGGACCCACGUGACUAAGAUCUGCCCCCCGAUCUAAGCUUCCAUUUUUAAGAAGAGGAUUUCCCAGCUGUCAGAUUAUAAUAUAAAUCUGGUUCACACCUUCUAUCUUUCUAUCUACCCAUCCCAUGAUAACCGCUGAUGUUGAUGAUUCACAUCUGCCUCUAAAAAGCUUCAGAUAUUAUACAUGGAUAGUAAUAUAAUAUCAUUGAAAAUGUUGCCCUGGGAUGGAUGAUGUAAUUCUUGGAUAGCUAAAAGUUUCUGCACUUUUCUAUUCUACAGUACAUUGGGGGUGGAAUGUAACCAGGUAUGCUGUAUAAAGUAUGCUCUACUCCAGUGAAGGUGUUGCUCAAUUAUUGAUAGUAGCGGAGAUACUGUAGGUUGGACCAGGUGUUGCCAUGACCACACACUCGUCUGGGCUCUGUACUGCAUAUUUCCCAGAAGCAGGGUUUUGAUGACAGGGAAAGUAGGGCUAUGCAACAAGACACUAAGGUCAUAUACUUCAUCCAUUCUGUAGCUUUACGUGCUGAGAUCUCCAGAUUCAUUCUUCAGCAUGAUUGUGACCAAAUGUUUUAUAUAAAACGUUGUUUUUUUAAAUGCUAAAAAUGUACUUAAAAAUGCAUUAGGCACAACGAGUAAAGCGGAAAUUCAUAAAGUAUUUAGAAAUACAGCAACUUCUAUAUAUUUGCAUGCAUACAAUUUGCCCAUUUUGAUGAUGUCAAGAGGUAAACCUGUGUCUUAAAAAGUAAGUGAACAAUGUUAUGGUUAUUUCUAUCUGUUCCGUGUCAGGUCACCUGAGAGGGGUGAUCGCUUCAGAGGAGGGUGUUCAGAAAUAUUGAAUAAACUGUAAUGGUUUUAUUUUGUAUAAGACAGGAACAAAUUCUCCACAUUAUUGUACAGAUACAUUAAUUGAUUACCCGUUGACAUGUUGCCAUAGUGGGUCAAAAACAUACAAUACAAUCAGUCUCUUCCUUCA